GUCAGUUGGUGUCUGUUUUGGUCUCACUUCCGAACUUUUAAUUUUUAACUUCGAGCUUCUGAAAUGUCGCUUUCAACGAGUUAUCAACCUGAUUAUUUUUCAAUAACGGAUAUUAUGGCUACUGAAGAACGUUUGCAAUGCAUAGUAAUCGUUACUGUGCCUGGACUUGGCAUGUUGGAUCCAUCCAGUGAAUCUCCUGAUUUAAAUGCUGGAACAAAGUUGGAACUUCCUUAUUGGCUCGUAUAUCCUCUGAAUGUAACAAGGUCUAAAAUAUUGGAGAUUGUAGAAAUUCCAAAAAUUUACAAAGAUGCCUACAGAGAAAUAUUGGCAGCCGGUGCAACAGCCGUUGAUUUGUGUAACUGGAAUCAAUAUUAUUACGAGUUUGGAAUGCACCUUAGAAAAUUGCAGCACCGAGAGUGCGAAAGAAUAACCGACACUUUACUUCCAACAUUCAAAAAUCGCUUCAGGGACAUAACGGAUUGGGCCCAAAAUCCGGUGGCUAAAUCCUCUCACGAAUCUCGACUUCCGGUAUUGGAACGAGAACUCUAUCUGGCUGGUAAGAAAGCCAACAUGAAAUUGAAUCAUUGGUUGGAAAAGGGAGUGGGGAAAAUCGAAACUUCGGAAGUAGUGGCCAACAUGAAAAAGCGCAAGCGCACAGACUUUGAGGCCAAUUAGCUUAAUUAACUCAAUAAUUAAUUACUUAAGAGAAUUAAACUUGUACUUCAGUUAUUGAUUUCGCAAUACAAAAAAAAAAAAAAA